ACCAUAUCGAUCUCAACAAGAGGCGUUGCAUCUUUACUCCACAAAACCACGUGGUAUAUAAUGCCAUCAUGUUCCCGAGACCCACGACCCUCAUAAAGCACCUCAUCACCCCUCAUAUAAGGCUUUUCAGCAGGUCCCUCCCCCCUAAACCUCCCCUAAAUAAGAUAAAAAAGGAAAAAGGAGUAGAAAACCGGCGAGUGAGAGAAGGCGCAAGGUUGCACCACCGCAGUCUUGGUCACACUGAACCUCACUCUCACUCAGACACUCACUCACUCACCUCAGUCAUGUCCACGCACAAGGCAGAGGACUUGAGCUGCAGACUCCAGCAAAACGGGAUGACCAACGGAUUUGGGCCCAAGACCCCCUUCCUCAUUGGGGUGGCAGGAGGAACGGCUUCAGGAAAGUCAACAGUAUGCAAGAAGAUCAUGGAAAAGGGGCCAAGAUGACAUUGAACAUUCCCAGCGCCGCGUUGUUUGUAUA